GCUGAGGGGGAGACAGGGGUUUUAUUAUUAUCAUUAUUUAUCCCACAAUGGGGUACAGCAGGGUGGGCAUUUUAUUGCUGCUGAGUGGGCUUGCCUUGGCUCAACAAGGCAGUGAGACUGAACCCAGCUCAGCGUGUCAAUUGGUCUCCAGAUUCAAAACCUAUAGGAAAUAUUUCUACCAGUACAGCACUGAAAGCAGAAAUGGCAUCGUGGGCACUGCCAACUUGAGAAAUGGGCCCAAAGUUACAUGUAAGGUUGAGAUUGAAGUCCCUCAAGCGUGCAGUUUCGUCAUGCAUACCACAGACUGUGCAGUGAGUGAAGUUUCUGACAUGGAUCCAGAGGGGGCGCCGGUCUACUCCCCUGCACCUGGGUCUGAAGCUUUCAAGGCAGCUAUGGAAAAGAAUCCUCUAAAGUUCACGGUGGAGGAUGCUCAGGACGUGAUGCUCUUUUCUGUAGAUGAUGAACCGGUGAAUAUCCUCAACAUCAAGAGAGGAAUCGUGUCCAUGCUCCUGUCUCCAAACGCAGAGGAGAGCACCAGUGUCAUGAGCACAGUUCAUGGUCAGUGCCGCACAGCUCACCAAAUGAAUGGAGCAGACCUCAGUGUGACUCGAGACCUCUCCAAAUGUGACCAGUUCUAUGGACGCAAACUCACAGACAGCCCUUUGGCCCUUCUCAAGAAUCUGCACUAUCCCUUGUCCAAACUCUUCACCAGCAGCCAAGAAUGCAACUACCAAUUUGACAACAAGGGGAAGCACAUCACAUCUGUCCAGUGCACAGAAAAACAUGUCUACCUCCCAUUCUCUAACAAGGACAAUGGCAUGUCAUCUGUGAUUGCACAAGAACUGAGCUUUCAAAAUUCCAAACGCAUCAACAACAGACUGUUUGACUUGACCGACACAUUGGGCCAGCCUUUAUACUUCGCCGACCCUGAUCACAAAUCUCUCAUCCAAACGAAGGAAUCUGCAGUGAAUAUUUUGAACGAACUUUUGACUCUGCCCGGUACCGACCAAUCCCAAAAGAGAACCAGUCUUUUCUACAACCUCGUCUCCACCAUGAGAGCCCUCCAAAAUGAAACUUUGAGCGAAACUGUUACUGAAAUGUUGGAUAUUUCUACCUGGGUCACGUGGCAGGCCUUAUUCCAGUGUGGGACAGCUGAAUGUACCAGCGCCAUGCUCCAGUCCAUUUGGAAAAUCAAUGGGGUCUCAGCAGAAGUAGAUGCUUUUGUUUACGCUCUGGGUUUGAAGACUGAUCCCACUUCAGCUCAUCUACGAGACAUGCUCAGUACUGCACAAUACAGGCAGAGCAAAGGGAUCAUGUAUGCACUGGGGUACACUGUCAAGAAUUUUUAUCGAGGAGACGUGACUCCAGAGAUCAGAGAUGUGGCUGUCUUCAUGGAGGAGAUGUUAAACCAGUGUUCUGGUGAACUGGGACCAAACAUGGAUCCUGACGUCAUCCGCAACCCAGAAGAGCUCUCCUACCUCGUACUACGAGUGAUUGGAGUGAUGGGUCAGCCUAUGCAGGACCUCAGCCCUAGUCUGGUCUCUGCUGUUCUGAGCUGUGCAAACAAAAUCGACGCUCCUUUGUCCACUCAGAAAGCAGCCAUACAGGCCUUUAGAAACAUCAACAUCAAUGAUGAGGUGAGGAGUGCCCUUCUGGAGAUUUACCAGGAUGCCCAGAGCCCGGUGGAGAAGCGGGUAGCAGCGUACCACAUUCUGAUCAAAAACAUGGACGAAGCCACAGCCAGGACCAUUGUGAACUCUGUGGAGGAUCUGACAGACCAAGAACUCAAGAUAUUUGUGGUUACACAUCUCAACAAUGUGCUCAAAAAUGAUCUACACGCAACCUACUACAUAGAGCUGGCUGUGAGAGACAAAGAGCUACCUCCGCUGGACGAAUUAUAUGGAAAAUCUCGUAACUUUAUGUCAGAAGUUUACGGAGCUUCAUUCAAAUCUAACAUUGUUUUUGAUGAUGCCAACACUUUACCUAAAGACGUCUCACUGGACCUGUCUCACGAUAAGGACUACAUGAACAAGAAUCUUUUCAAGUUAAAUUUAGAAGGAGACGGGUUCGAGCCUGUGAUCAAAGCUCUGUUUGGUGAAAGUGGUUUUGUCCCAGAGUCGUUUUUCAAACUCACAAACUGGGGCCAGGAACUAAUCUCAGGUCUCAGGUCUGAAGACGGAAGAAUGAAGAGACAGGUCCCAGAUGAUCUUGUGAAGAGCUUAUCUGAGGGUUUCCAAAAAUUGAUGGAGGAUCUGCGUUCGUCUGAGACUCCAGAGGCUGUGGCGUAUUUUGAGCUCCUGGGGACAGAGAUGGGAUACAUGAAAAUCAGCCAAAUCAGAGACGUGUUAGAGACAAUGUCCAUGUACCAGCACAUCUUCCUCAGAGUGCUCCCCACCAGUGCCUUCUUUAAGCUGACAUCCAGCGCCGAUAAUGACAUUUUCGCUCACUACAUCUUCAUGGACAACAGUUUUUCUCUACCCACGAUCUCUGGGAUGCCGCUGAAGUUUUCUCUCUCUGGAGUUUUUGCUCCUGGAGCCAAAGGAGGACUCACCUACGCCCCAAAUAUGGGGUCUCUGUCCUUCAUGCCAUCAGUUGGGGUGGAGUUCAUUACAAACAUGGGCGUCCACAUUCCGGAUUACGUGGAGGCCGGGAUGGAGAUGCACACUGAUAUGUUCCAUGAAAGCUCCAUAAACGCCAAAAUCAGCUGGGACAGAAACCAGAUCAAACUCACCCUCCCUGCCCCCACUGUCAACACACAACUGUUCAGUGUCAGUAACAAAGUGCUGUCCCUCUCGACGGGUAAGACUAAGAUAGUGCCCUCUCUGGUGGAGGACAGGACUGACUCCACAGACUGUCAGCCUCUGAUCACUGGACUCAGACUCUGCUCCAUCACACAGUUCUCCAACGGCUCCUCCACAGAGCACGCCCCAUACUACCCACUCACCGGAGAGAGCAGAUUUGCAAUUGAAAUCCAGCCCACAGGAGAAGUUUCUGAAUAUGUUGCUUCUUUGACUCGUGAAAUGCUCAAAGAAGGAAAAGACCGAGUGACAGCUCUCAAGAUCUCACUCAAAGCUGAAGGUGUAGAUUCAGCAGAGCUGGCAGCCUCUCUCAAAUACAACAUGAACAAAAACACGGUUCUGACAGAGUUUAACAUCCCAGACUACGACAUUGAGGCUGGUGUGAAAUUUGCUCUGAGCAGUGAUCCCAGAGCUCCAGAACUCAGAGGAAUCACCAUCGACGUGACCAAUAAAAACAUCCCCCAGCUCUCUCUCAUUGCACGCACACGACUUGAAAUGAUGAAGGACGCCAUGUUGCAGCUCCAGAUGACCCUUCCCUCUUUGAACGCAGACGCCUCAAUAACUUCAACUUUAAACAUAGACGACAUCAUCACUGUCGACACAGAAACAGUUGUAAACCUCCCAGAGACGCUGUACCAACACAAAGUGUCACUCAAAUAUGAUGAUGACAAAAUCGAGCUUGAACUGAAAACAGAUGCAAAUUCAGAUCUCCAGAAGCUGAUCCCAAAUGCAGAGGAUCACCAUCGGCAUCUGCAGCAGCUGUUGGACGAAAUGUUGGACCAAAGAGUGGCCAAAACUGACAUGAAACUGAGGCACAUUGUCUCCAAAGGAAUCGAGGCAGUUAACAUCUGGAUGGACAAACUCACUGCACAGUUCCCAUAUCUGGAAAACCUUCGGAGCAAAAGGAGCGUCUCGGACCUCACCCUCCCCCCUCUACCAGAGAAACUGUUCUUCCAAUAUGAUGGCUUGUUCCGAUACCAGUUCAACAAAGACAGACUGCUCCUCUCUCUCCCUCUUCCACUCGGAGGCAAAACAUCACAAGAGCUGGACUUCCCUGAACAAGUGACCUAUCCUGCAAUCGAUCUACCAAAAAUAGGCCUUCACCUGCCGCCCCUCACUGUAAAACUACCUCCUUUCACCAUCCCGCCGUCUUGGGACUUCUCUCUCCCUCUGCUCGGAUUGGCUGAAGUGUCUGCAAAAAUCAACAGUAACAUUUACAGUUGGGAAGGAUCGGUUUCUGGGGGCAACAACACGGUGGAUGUCCCCAGCUACAUGGCACAUUACAAAAUCAUGGCACAGUCUCCGUUCUGCGUGCUGUCAUACAAACUUGAAGGCACUGGUAUGGUGACUGGACGUGCAGACGACAGCAUGAAAUAUCUCCUAAGCAACACAUUCAACCACUGCCUCAUCGACACCAGCCUCAGUGUGGUUCGAAACUUUGCGUUACCUGACAAAAUCAACGCAAAAGCCGAUUACAAACUCGAAAUCUCCAGUCCUGUAGGCUUCGAACUAUCUUGGUUUUACACUGCUCAAGCAACCUCCACACCUGACCAAGAAGAAGUCUCUGGAGAUGGGACUGUGGAUGGAAAACUCAAACUAGGAUCCUAUAAUUCCGAUAUAACUUACACACAAAGCUACAACCUCCGCCCGCUUGAUAGAGAAGGAAGAGGAGAGUCAAGUUUGGUUUUGAAUUGUCCGCUAGGCAAAUUUAACAACAUAAUUCAAGGCAGAUACGCAGACUCAGAACUUCUUAUUUCCUCCAGAACGACUGCUCUCGACGAUGCAUUGAAACAUACAGCGGAAUUGAAAUUUAAGGACGCACAGUUGAUGCUGAAAUGCAACGGGAUGGGCACAGGAAUGGGCAAAGUUCUCAGCAACAAAAUGGAAAUUGGCAUAUCCGAUCAGAUGGCGCUUUUUAGAGCUGAGUCCCAAAUUGAUGACGGCAAGGAUAAGGUUUAUUCACUCCUUACUUGGUCUUUAGAUUCAAAUAAGUUAGAGGCAAACUCAGAAGGCUCCCUUAUAUUUGAAUUGGGGCGUGGAUUACACAAAGCUUCCCUGAUGAUAAAUAAAGAUGGCUUGGUAAUAAGUGGUACUAACGCGAUUGAAUGUAGUCCUGUGACAAUUGAAAAUAUCUUCAAUGGUGUUAUAGACAGCAAUGGUGCGAUGAUGUCAACCAAAACCAAGGCAAUAGGCGAAGAAGGUAGAGGCGAACUUAAUAUUGACGGACAAGUUACAUCGUCUGAAGCUACUCUACAAGGAGUUCUUAAGGGCCAUGCUUUUGAUGGCACCACAAGAAACAACGUGAAUAUUUUGGUGAAUCGAAAUGGCUUGACUUUAAACGCAGAUACAAUGGGAUCGAUGAAACAAAUGAAAGUGGAAAAUAAUCACCAACUUGCUGUUACGCUAUGGACAGUUAAUCUCCGUUCAAAAUCCAACAACUUUAUUUGCGAAGAUGUUUACUACAAGCAAGACACCAAGGUUAACAUGCAGCCGUUCGUCGCUACAAUUGACAUGACGAACGAUUUGAAAUUUUACGAGCUAAGUUUGAACAAUGAAGGCCACGCAAAGCUUCGACCGACUAACUUAGAUCUUAGCGGAAGUGUCAUGGGAGCAUAUGGUGAUGACAACAACUUUAAACAUAUUUACGAAGUUAAUUUUGCUGGUCUAGAGGGAGCGUUGAAAUACACUACAUCUGCACAGGCAAUGGACGCUCAGCUUAGCCAUAAGUGCGAGUUUGAAUUUGCUGGACUUUCUUCAACAACGAAAUGUGAAGCAAGAGUGAAUUCUCAACCACUUCGUCUAGACAGCACCGUGAAAGUUAUGGCUCUUCCGUUCAGUCUUUCCAUUGAUGGACUUGUCAAUAGCGAUGGGGAAAUUAAACUACAUGGGAAGCACACCGGGCAGUUGUACAGCAGAUUUCUAUUUAAGGGUGAACCACUAUCCUUAGCCUAUGCAUAUGACCACAGAUUUUCAACCACGCACAAGCCUAGACGAAUGGAGGAGAUCACAACAAAUUUAGACAGUAAGUUAGAAGGACUUUUGACGCCGAAUAAUCAAGUUCUAAACUGGAAAUUGAAAUCAAAGCUUAACAAUCACGCAUACAAUUUUGAUUUUAUUACGUAUAAUAACCCAGAGAAUAUAGGAGCGGAGUUUUCUGGAGUUGCCCUCACGAACCUUUUGAGUAAACUAACCAAAGACAGUCCGGUUGAGGAGGAGUUCAGCAUGUCUGGGUUUCUUAAAUAUGACAAGAAUACUGAAUGCCAUAUAAUUGAACUACCAUUCAUUGAAAGCUUUCCGGCUGCUUUUGAACAAGUCAAAACUACGCUGGUUCAAGCCCUAGAAUCGCUUUACAAAUACAUUGAAGAUCUAGAUAUUAAUAUGGUAAUAUCAGAUUUCAAAAACUGGCUAUCGGAGUUGCCAAAGAAGGUGGGCGAUUUCAUGAAAAAGUAUGAUCUAGAAAACUAUAUAGCUAUUGUAAAUGAGAAAAUAGACUACUUGAUGAAUGAGUUUUCAAUUACUUUAGAGGAUGUCGAGAAAGCAGUGUUGAACUUGAAAGCAAAUCUGGAAGAAACCGUAACAGACAUCGCCACAAAAAUAAAAGAAUUACUCACCACGCUUAAAGAUUUUGUUGAAUCUGGACAACUUAGAGACAAAAUUACAAAUGUGCUUAAAGAGAUUGGAGACCAUGUAUGGGCUUUUGAUGAGAAAUAUGAAAUUAAACUGUCUUUGGUGAAGCUACUUGACGCUAUUGAAGAUAUACUGAGUCAAAUCAAUUUACAAAAACUCACCGAAAGCAGCACUGCAUGGCUAAAAGAUCUUGAUGAAAAGUACAGCGUAAUGGACAAAAUCAAAGACAAACUAUCUGAAAUCAAGCAAGCCAUUGAAGACUUUGAUAUCCAGAAAUUUUUCGAAGAUUUGAAAGAAUACAUUUUAUCAAUUGACCUGGCAGCAUAUUUAGAUCAGUUUGAAUACUCAAUACCUUAUUCAGAUAUAAAACGGACAUUGGAAAAUAUGAAUGAUGUUAUUGCCAACUGGAUUGACGAAUACGAAAUACCACAAAAACUCAAUGCGGUUUACAAUUACAUAAAAGACCAAAUCCUGAAGUACAAUCUUGAUGAGAAAUUUAAAGAAUUACUGGAUCAGCUUGAUGUUCUAAUUGACGAUUUGAAAAUCGAAGAGACGCUGCAGAUCAUUGUGGAUUCAGUUAAAAAGAUCGAUUUCGAAUACGCCUACAGCAAAAUAAUGGACUUUUUGGAACACAUCACAAACGCCCUUAAAGAAAUUGACUUCAAGAGAGUGAUAGAAAACCUUAACGAUAACAUUGCUAAUUUGGUCAAGUCAAUGAAAGAGUUUGACUAUCACAUGUUUGUAGAUGAGACAAAUCAGAAAAUUGCAGAGCUUGCAGAUUACAUAAAUGAACAAAUUAAACUGUACGAAAUUGUUGAGAAGAUUGAGGCAGUGAGGGAGUUUUUUAAAGAAGUCCAGAAUUCUGUUUACAACUAUUUGGAUGAACUAAAAAACACCAAAAUAGCCGAUGCCCUGGUCAGAUUGAAAGAUGUAAUCGAUUCAACGUUUUACAAUGACGUCAAGUUAAAAACACUAGAUAUUCUUGACGACGUAAGACAGCGCAUUUCAGAUAUGGACGUCAUUAACGAAAUCACUGUCCACCUCCAAAGAGCAAGUGAAUUCUACAAAAAUACCGUUGAACUGAUCACAACAAAACUGACGGAGCUGAUUGAUGAAAUUGCCAAAUGGUUUAAGAAUAGUGAUUUUGCUGAUAAAGUAAAAACCGCUGUUGAUGAGGCUUUCAGUGCAAUCAAAGAAGCUGAGAUCAAAGUACCAAUGUUUUCUAUACCACUUACUGAUCUCGUCAUCCCUGAAAUCUCUUUCAAUCUGAACAAAUUAGAUGAAAUCAGCAUACCAUCAGAGAUAACAACACCAGAGAUUACAAUUUUGAACACAUACACUAUCCCAUCCUACACAAUUGACUUUGAAAUGGUAAAAGCCAAAAUUGUCGAGUUUAUCGAUGAACUUAAAAUGUUUGAAAUCCAGUGGCCAGAUCCACACGAAAUCUUUGGAGACCUAAAAGUUUUAUACCUUUUCGAUUUACCAGAUUUGACAUUCCCAGAAAUAACUCUAUCUGAAGUCAAAGUACCCUCUAUAACCAUCCCGAAAAUAAACUUGGAAGCUUUUGAAAUUACAAUGCUGCCUUUCCCACCGAUUGAAAUGCCGGAAAUCCCUAGUGAUAUUUGUAUUCCUGUUUUUGGCAAACUUUAUGGAGAAUUUAGACUCAACUCACCACAGUACUCUCUUAUAACCAGAGGCAACAUUGAAAACGCGACAACUACUUUGAAAAAUCCAAUUUUUACUGCCUCACUCAACUCCCAAGCUACUUCCACAUACAAACCACUUGAAUACAUUCUCGAAGUUGAUGCCAAGUUAGAAGCUCCCAAACUGAAGAAAAUGCUAUUUACGGAAACAGUGAAAGUAACGCAUAUGGCAUUUUCAGUUGAUCAUGAAGGCGUACUGACCCUGACAAGUUCAUCUGCUGAAGCUAACGCAAGAACCAACGCUAAAGCUACAACUCCUCUUUACACGGCCGAUUUGAUGAACAAUAUUAUGCUUUCUCUAAAAGGUGGCAUUUACGCAACUUGUGACACUAUGUACAAUCACAACCUGGAUCUCCCAUCUCUCGAGUUUUCAAGCCAAGCUAACGUCAAACACACAGGCGCUACCACUUUGGAGUCUGGAAAAGUGUCUGUUACCGGGGAAACAAAUGCUAAUUGUAAAUGGUCCAUUGACGAUUACUCAGACGAAGGCACUCACAAAAAUAAACUGGAUUUUAACGUUGACCUAAGCACGGCUAAACUAAUGUACGAUGCAGAAACUGAUGCUAAAUGUUUCAAAUCGAAGGAAUCGCUAACGGUUGAAUCUGUUGUACUGAACCAUGUUACAAUAACAGCCCGAAAUGAAAUGGACAUCCCAUCUUUGAAGAAAAGUACAAGUGCUUUGGAUGCCGAAGCUAAUAUCGACGACUUAAAACUCGCCAUUACAGCUACUCACAACUGCGAGUAUACAGGAAGUGUUCAAGGCACUGAAGCAAGCACCCUAGAUUUUAAGAUACAUCCAUUUGAAAUCAUUCUUGAUGCUAAAAACAAGGCUAACCUAAAGAUUUUCCUUCCUCUAAAACUUACCGGUAAAGUGGACUUCCAGAAUGACUACUGCCUCAUAUUGAACUCAGAGAAACAGAAAGCAUGUUGGCUGGCUUUGGCGAGAUUUAAUCAAUACAAAUACAAUCACAACUGCGUAUUAGAAAACAACGAUAAGGAGAUUUACCUGCAUAAAAUGAUAAACGCUGAAGCGAAUCUGGACUUUUUGACUGUACCACUGUCAAUUCCUGAAAUGACAAUUCCUUAUUUUGAAAAGAACACCCCGGCAAUCACAGACUUUUCUCUAUGGGACCACGCUGGGCUCAAAUAUCUGCUCCACACUCCUCAACAAUCCUUUGACUUCACCUUGAAACUUCACUACUUUAAAAACCCCGAACCGCAUAUUUUGGAAUUGAAUCUCGAGCCAUAUAACAACGCAAUCAGAGACAACGCGAACCUCAUUCAAGAACAGUUUGAAAUGCUGAAAGACAAAAUAGUUGGUCUGUUGAAAGAGUCGCACAGCCAAGUUAAGAAACGCUACGUCAAGCACAAAAAGGACACUUCCAGUAUGCCUCCCAGAAUAAUUACUAUCCCUGGAUACAAAAUACCAGUUCUGAAUAUCGAAGUUUCCUCAUUUUCAGCUGAAUUACCUGCUUUUAGCUAUGUAGUGCCCAAGGAGGUCAGCACACCAAGCUUCAAGGUCCCAGCUCUUGGUUUCUCUGUACCAUCUUACACACUUGUCCUACCGUCUUUGGAGCUGCCGAUUGUUCACAUCCCAGAAACUUUAAGCAAAAUAGAGAUGCCAACUUUCACAUUCCCUGAUCUCCCAAAUAAUAUUGAGAUUCCUGCUUUGGGUAACUUCACUCUUGACUUUUCAUUCAAGUCUGCAGUGAUUGCCGUAAGCGCCAAUGGUGAACUUGUAAACCAGCAAGACAUCGUGGCUAGGUUUGCUGCUAAUUCUGCGUCUGUUUUUGAAACUUUGAACACCAAAAUAGACGGAAUGACAAGUUUGACCAGAAAAAGAGGGAUUAAACUAGCUACUACGAUCAACUUGGAACAACAGAAUCUUCUAGUUAACCACGAAUGCGCUAUUAGCCUCAGCAAGAUAAGCAUAAUCUCCUCUAUUGGCAAUAAUGUAAAAAUUAACAUGCCAUUCCUCAAGUUGGAAUUUGAUCAAGCUAUUGAAGGAAAUACUCAAACCACACCAACUGUUAGUGCUACGAAUAAACUGAAAUAUAUGUUUAAUAUUCCUGUGAUCAAUUCGGCAGGUAAAGGAUCUUAUGACAUUCGUUCUGAACUUGAAACUCUUCGAUCCCAUAUCUCGAUGGAUACCUCAACGCAAGGCAAGUCAGACAUCACAAUAAUGGAUGAGUGGAAUAUCGUGCACGAUUUGGAUAACAAAGCAACUUUCUACCUCAAUGUUAACGGCCUUAGAACAACUGUUAGAACUUCUGUUAACUCUGAUGUUGAAAAACAGGAAAAGCUAAAAAGAAGUACAGGUGAAAAAGUUGUUCAUUUUGAUGCAGUCGAAAAUUUUGCUCUUGAAAUUACCUUGAGACGGAUGUUUGCAACUUUGGACUUUAAGAGCAAAAAUAACGCAAAUUUUGAGAUUUUCAACACAAAUGGUGAUCAUGUAGGUACAGCUGAAUUAGAUUUGGUUCCUUUAAAAUCACUGAAAACAAAAGUGGACAUUGAUCUAAAACAGCCAAGCAGUUUGGGUCAUAUGGGAUUUAUCCGUAACAUUAACCUUGAAAUUACAUCUGAAAAACAGUCUCUUUCUUGGAUCGCAAAAGAACAGAUAGCUUCAUUUAUUCACGGUUGCAAUGUUAUCAUGACCAGUGAAGAAAGUGAAGCUCGCGUGGACUUGAGUGAAUCCAUGGAAGGGCAUCUGGCUUUUCUGAAAUCAGUAAGGAUUCCGGUAUAUCAGAAAAACUUGUGGGACGUGCUCAAGCUGGACCAGGUAACGAAUAUGGACGAUUUGCAAGUGCUCAACAUCUCAUCUAGCUUUGUCUAUACGAAAUCAAUGGAUGGACAAGAAUAUGGAUUAUCUUAUAGACUUUUUGAAGACGGUGUUAUGUUAAUAAUUCCUGGAUUUACCGUCCCCGUACCCUAUUUCCUCACAGAAAUCCCAGCUGCAAUUAGAAAAAUAGACAUGAGACUUGAGGAGAUUGAAAUACCAGACUACGUAACCUUCCCUCCUGUUUUGUCAGUACCUGAAUUCAGUUUACCGUUCACCAACCUGCACGUUGAACCAUUUGUCUAUGAUCUGAAACAACUGGAAAUACCCAAAGUUAUAACAACCAAGGCAUUUGACAUCAUGAUUCCUGGAUUACCAAUAAUUUCCGUGCCUAGUUACGAAAUCAAUGUGGAAUAUUUACAAGAAAAAAUGUCAUUCCUUUCAGUAAAAAUUCCACAAUAUAAUGUUAUGGUUUCCUUUUUCGCGCUACCAAAAUCAGUCCGUAUUGGAGACCUCACUAUUGAUCUAGAUGAUGUCAAAAACUACAUUUCAAACUUUGAGCUUCCAACUAUUGUAAUACCAGAACAGACGAUUGAAAUCCCAGAAAUGGACUUGUACCUGCCAACCAGUAUCUUCAUCCCAAAUUUCGGAGCGCUCAGUGCCACCUUUAAAGUUGCUUCUCCAAUUUAUAAUGUUUCUACCACUGCUGAAGUGGAAAAGAGAGGGUCCAACCUGAUAACUGGUCUCAAGUCCAUCUGCAUGUCCACGAUGAUCUUCUUGGAGUAUGAUCUCACUGCUUCUGCAACUGCUGGAUUUAAUGAUAAAAUGUUCAACCUCAAGGGGAAUAUUGACUUUGUUCACAGUGAUGUUAAUGUGAAAUGGCAACAUAAUUUCCUCAGAACCCCAAGAAUGAAACGUCAAACCUCAACAUCUGAUCCUUAUGUAUAUUCCCACACGCUCACGGUUGACAUCACCAGUCCGUUAUUCGCUGAUGUGGGAUACCGCAUGGCCGCUCGUAAAGACGGCGUCACUGCAUCUGUCUCGUCUCCUACAAAUGGUUUCCUCGGAUUUCAGCUGCAAAGGAGAUCCCCAUCCCAAGUGUUUGGAAAAGUCUUUAUCCGUUAUCUGGCCACUCCAGAGAAAGACACUGAUCUCCUCACGUUUAAAGCCACUCUACGAAACUCAGAAAAACUCUCCCUGCAGUCGUCCUUUAACAUAGACACUCUACGCGACGUGAUGGAAGCAACGAAAGAGCGAAUUCCUGCUUUAAAUGAAGCUAUUCUUAAAGUUAUCAACAAAUACCACAUCUCACACUUUGGAUUUGACCUAAACCGCGGGGGUAUGAAACUUAAAAACACUCUGUCCAAUGCAGUGGAGAGAGCUUAUUAUGAAUUUCCUGUAUCUUUUGAUGGACUACAGAAUACUAUAGAACAGAUGAGUGAUAAAGGGGUAGACAUGUACAAGAAAGCGUCAGAUGAUCUUAUGUCUUUCAACCUGCAAGAUUUUGUCGAUAAAGUGGAAGAAAAGCUUUUAAAUAUUAUGAACUUCCUAUGGACACAGAUAACAGAAUUAGAGCCAAAGUUCCACUUAUAUUUAAGGGAAUUACAGAUCACAAUUCCAGGUUACGAAAAGCAGAUUUCAGGUGUGGACAUUUCUGAGAAAAUCCGCGCGGUUUCCGAACAAAUCACAGAGAUGGUGAUUCAGCGAUUCUUAGAACUUUUAGACAUUAUCGAGAGAAUUAAAGAAAUUGAGUUCACGAUACCAGGAACAGAUAUUUUUGUAAGUGGGGAAGAGAUUUUGAAACAGUUAAAUCACUAUAAAAGACAGAUAAAUAAUGCAUUUACAGAUUGGUCCAACAAGUUUAAUGAGUUAUUCAAAUUAAUUGUUGAAAAGGGUCAGGAUUUUAUUAAUUAUCUUAGUAAUGAAAACAAGAAAAUUGCACCUAAAAUUGAAAAUGUAUUUGUGGAACUUAAACAAUCAUCAAAAGAGCAAACUGGGAAAGCAAGUGGUGUCAUAGCAGAAUACAAGGACUCUACUAAAGAAGUUAUACACAAUCUUUACAUCUCGUUUGAAAUGGACAAUGUAAACAAAGAGGUUAAAGACUUUGUGGGAUUUUUACAGACAAAAGUUCACAGUGGACUUAAAAAUGGCAUAGAGUUCAUGUCAAAAGCUUCAGAGAGCACAGCACCUUAUGUAAAAAUGACUGGGAAAAGAGUAGAGAUUGAAAUUCCUUUACCUUUUCUAUGGAAAUCAUUUAGCGAAUGGCCAACGUUACCGAGGGAGUGGUUUGACACCGAUGCUUCUAUGUAAUGUGAAAUAAUGCAUUGUUUUAGAUAUUUUAUUUUGUGUUAAAUAUCUGUAAAAUAUGUCAGUGAGCUUAGAUGAUGAAGGAUUUAAAGACUGGAGCCUUUUUGAGUGAUGGUAACAGGAAUGGUAUCGGGACAGGUUUAAAGUGUUAAAUUUUUAAUGAAAAUUAUUUAUUUUAUUUUAAAUUGUGAGCUAUAAGAAAAAAGUGUUUUUUUGUUUUCUUUUUAAAAACAAUGAUCCUAUUUA